GAGUGUCCCGGGCGCAGGGCGCGCGUGCGGCGGCGGCGGCGGCGGGGAGGGGCUGGCCGCGCCGCGCUCCCCUCCUCCCGCGCAGCCCCGGCCCCGCGCGCGCCCAGCACAAGCGGCUCUGUGUGUGCGUGCGUGCGAGCGAGCGAGUGAGUGAGUGUGUGCCUAUUUUUUUUCUCUUUUCUUUCUCUCUCUCUCUCAGUUUUUUUUUUUUUUUUUGCCUCUCUCGCUCUCUUUUUUUUGCAAAGAAACAGCAGCGCCGCCGCCGCUCCGCCGAGGCGCUGCGCCCCCCGGGGGGGGAGGCGGAGGAGGCGGGCAGCGGCGGAGGGAGGGGAGCCGGGGAGGGGGGCGCCGCGCUGGGAGGGAGGCAGCGCGCACGGUGCAGCCGGGCCGGGCGGGAGGCAUGGCGGGGCCCCCGGCCCUACCCCCGCCGGAGACGGCGGCCGCCGCCACCACGGCGGCCGCCACCUCGUCGUCCGCCGCUUCCCCGCACUACCAAGAGUGGAUCCUGGACACCAUCGACUCGCUGCGCUCGCGCAAGGCGCGGCCGGACCUGGAGCGCAUCUGCCGGAUGGUGCGGCGGCGGCACGGCCCGGAGCCGGAGCGCACGCGCGCCGAGCUCGAGAAACUGAUCCAGCAGCGCGCCGUGCUCCGGGUCAGCUACAAGGGGAGCAUCUCGUACCGCAACGCGGCGCGUGUCCAGCCGCCCCGCCGCGGAGCCACCCCGCCGGCCCCGCCGCGCGCCCCCCGCGGGGGCCCCGCUGCUGCCGCCGCAGCCGCCGCCGCGCCGCCGCCCACGCCCGCCCCGCCGCCGCCGCCGCCCGCGCCCGUCGCCGCCGCCCCGGCCAGGGCGCCCCGCGCCGCUGCCGCCGCCACAGCGCCCCCCUCGCCCGGCCCCGCGCAACCGGGCCCCCGCGCGCAGCGGGCCGCGCCCCUGGCCGCGCCGCCGCCGCCACCGCCGCCUGCGCCCGCCGCUCCCCCGGCGGUGGCCGGCCCGCGCCGCGCCCCGCCGCCCGCCGUCGCCGCCCGGGAGCCGCCGCUGCCUCCGCCGCCGCCACAGCCGCCGGCGCCGCCACAGCAGCAGCAGCAGCAGCCUCCGCCGCCGCCGCCGCAGCCUCAGCCGCCGGAGGGGGGCGCGGCGCGGGCCGGCGGCCCGGCGCGGCCCGUGAGCCUGCGGGAAGUCGUGCGCUACCUCGGGGGCAGCGGCGGCGGCGCCAGCGGUCGCCUGACCCGCGGCCGCGUGCAGGGGCUGUUGGAGGAAGAAGCAGCGGCACGGGGCCGCCUGGAGCGCACCCGCCUCGGAGCGCUUGCGCUGCCCCGCGGGGACAGGCCCGGACGAGCGCCUCCGGCCGCCAACGCCCGCGCCGCGCGGAGCAAGAGAGGUGGAGACGAGCGAGGGCUUGAGAAAGAUGAAGAGGAGGAGGACGACGACGAAGACGACGAGGAUGAAGAUGACGACGUGUCCGAGGGCUCCGAAGUGCCCGAGCUGGACCGUCCCGCGGGCGCGCAGCACCAGCAGCUCAAUGGCGAGCGCGGCCCUCAGAGCGCCAAAGACCGCGCCAAGGAAUGGUCCCCCUGCGGUCCGCACCCGGGCCAGGAGGAAGGGCGGGCGCCGGCCGCGGGCACCGGUACCCGCCAGGUGUUCUCCAUGGCAGCCCUGAGCAAGGAGGGGGGAUCAGCCUCUGUGGCCACCGGGCCCGAUUCCCCGUCCCCCGUGCCUUUACCCCCUGGGAAGCCAGCCCUCCCUGGGGCCGAGGGGACCCCUUUCGGCUGCGCAGUCGGGCGCAAGGAGAAGCCAGCGGACCCGGUGGAGUGGACCGUCAUGGAUGUGGUGGAGUACUUCACCGAGGCGGGAUUCCCGGAGCAGGCCACGGCUUUCCAAGAGCAGGAAAUCGACGGCAAGUCCCUGCUACUCAUGCAGCGCACGGACGUGCUCACAGGCCUGUCCAUCCGCCUGGGACCUGCCCUGAAAAUCUAUGAGCACCACAUCAAGGUGCUACAGCAGGGCCACUUUGAGGACGACGACCCCGAUGGCUUCCUAGGCUGAGCUCCACACACAAAGCCCCUCCACCGCCACCACCCACCCCCUUGGGCCCAUUCCAACCCUCCAGGAUUUUCCCCAGCUCCCACGCCCAGCCACCCC